AUGCAUAAAAUGAAAGGAAGUAUGGGAAAGUUUCUCAUUUUACGUCUUGGUUUUAUUACAGUUUUAAUGUUGACGUUAGUUAUUGUAUACGAAACGGAAAAGGGGCAAUGUUUCUUGAAAUGGUGUUUAAGAAAGACUUUGAUACACGCAUUAGGAGAUACGGAGUUAAAACGUGCAACUGAAAGCCGUUGCCUAGUGCAGAAUAUGUACAAAAAGAAUUACUUUGAUGACAACAUAUGCGAACUUUGCGAGAAUAAUUCAUUUGAAGAGAUAAAUACUAAUGUUGAAGAUGACAUAAGUGAUUCUAUGCAUUUGGAAGUACCGUUAGUUAUUAAUAACUCGGUAAAAAGCUUUGAAAACAGUUUACGAGCGUUCGCUCAGUUGUUUCUGUUAAAUGAAAAGUUGGAAUUGUUCCAACCAUGCCAAUUUAAAUCUAACAUUAAAUCAAAGGUAAGGGAGCAUAGACAGCUCUUGCAGUUGGUUUCGUCCGGAAAAAUCAAAUCAUUUUACUCAUUAUGGGAAAACUGCGCUGACAUAUCAUAUAAGGCUUUCAGACAGUUUUAUGAAAGACCAACGAUUUUGGGCAACAAUGUUCAGUUGACGGGAACAAAUUGGGCAUUUAUGUGCUCUGAUUUUGAAAGUAAAAUGUUUCGGAAUAUUGAAACAUUUUCUCAAAUUGUUACCUUGCUUGUUCAAAAGGGUUCUGUGGAAAUACGUCUUGUGCCCAUUGAAGGGUGUCUAAAUAUCUGCUCUACGCUAACAACGUAUAUAUCAAGCAGGGACAUGCUUGUCUUCAGCGGAAAUCUGUACAGUUUGUACAUACGACCAUCUUGCUAUAGCGAAGAAAUUCUUCUGAUUGGAGUAGGAGGGUACAUUGACUAACAUAUUAAAUUCAAAGAGAAGUUGUUAUGGUUGUUUUU